UCUGCUAAUCAUGUUGCAAAAAACUGUCAUUAUUAUUUAUUAUACUAAAAGUUAGUAUUUGCCUGUGAUUAUUGCAUACCUGACAUCACAGUGUUUGAAAAUAGCUUAAAAUUUAAUUAUCAUAAUAUAGAGGAAUGGAAAUUGAAGGUCAAGAAGUAGAGAAUAAUCUCUAAAUUAUUUAAAAAAAAGAUACAUGCUAAGUUUAAAUUAAAGAACGAGGAAUCUGAAUUGUACUCUACUUUAGUUUUCAAACGCCUUGAAUAUUAUUAAUGCAGAAACAUACGCAGUUGAUUGUUAUAUGAUUUUAAAUAAGCAUUGAUUUCCUGCAAUCACGGUGAUCCGGCGACUACGAUAUAUCCGCGGUUCAGUUAACCGUGUGUCGUGGCGAAAAUCAGUCGCAAUGAUUUUGGCGCUCGGUGCUGUAGUGGCGUUCAUCGCUGUGUACCAAUAUCUUGGAUUGUUACUCACAGCUGUAGUAUUUAUCACUUCUGGAUUGUUGUACCUGUUGAUAUUCCAUACGAGAUGGUGCUAUGUUGCCCUAAAAACUGCUCCAAGAGAUAUAAGAGCUCUCUGGUGUUAUAUAAAAGUAUUACUCAUAGCUUGGAAGUGCAGUAGACAAAAUGCAACAGUACCAGAUAUAUUUCACGAAGUUGUACAGAGAAAUCCCAAUAAGAAUUGCUUUUUAUUCCAAGAAGAAAAGUGGACUUUUAAGGAGGUAGAAGAUUACAGUCUGCGCGUGACAGCAGUUUUAAAGAACCAAGGCAUCAAGAAGGGCAAUAUAGUCGGUCUGUUGACUAACAAUUGUCCCCAAAUGCCUGCACUAUGGUUGGGUGCAACACGUUUGGGCGCUGUUUGCCCACUCAUAAACAUAAACCAGCGAGGCAACGCUUUAAUACAUUCAAUAAACGUGGCUAAAUGCGAUGCCCUCAUAUUUUCCGAAGAAUACCUGUCGGCCGUCCAAGAUGUGUCUAGCCAGUUAGAUCCAAAAUUAAAACUGUAUAAAUUUUCCCACCGUCCAUUGAACGCGCCUAAAUCUCAGAAGGCCAGUGGUGAUGGUAUUCCUGACUUUAUCGACCUUCUGGAGGUCACGCCACCUGCACCAUGGACCAAGGCGGAUGGCUUUGGCUUUCAGGGAAAGCUUCUAUACAUAUACACUUCUGGAACAACUGGAUUGCCGAAAGCUGCGGUUAUAACUACUUCUAGGUUCAUUUUCAUGGUAGCCGGUCUGCAUCACAUGCGUCUUAAUUCAUCUGAUGUGGUCUAUUGCUCGUUGCCGCUGUACCACACUGCUGGUGGCGUUGUUAGCGUUGGGCAGGCGCUCGUCUUUGGCUGCACAGUUGUAUUGAAACCGAAGUUCUCAGCAUCGCAGUUUUUCCCUGACUGCGCUAAGUAUAAGGCAACGGCAGCUCAUUACAUUGGAGAGAUGUGCCGGUACAUCCUAGCCACGCCCCCGUCGCCGGUGGACAAGCAGCACAACGUACGGGUUAUAUUCGGCAAUGGGCUUAGACCUCAGAUUUGGACAGAGUUCGUAACGCGCUUUAAUAUCAAAUACGUCACCGAGUUUUAUGGAGCAACAGAAGGAAACGCUAAUAUUGCCAAUACUGAUGGUACCCCGGGAGCAAUUGGCUUCCUAUCUCGCAUCUUUCCGAGUGUAUAUCCCAUCGCCAUAAUAAAAGUUGAUCAAGAAACUGGUGAACCAAUCAGGAACUCGCAAGGAUUGUGUCAGAUGGCGGGUCCGGAUGAGCCGGGCGUUUUCAUUGGAAAGAUAUCUGCAAAUAACCCGUCUCGGGAGUACCACGGCUACGUUGAUAAGGCGGCCUCUGAUAAGAAGGUUGUCAAGGAUGUCUUUGUGAAAGGCGAUUCCGCUUUUAUAUCGGGUGAUAUUUUGGUAGCCGACGAAUUCGGUUAUCUUUACUUCCGGGAUCGCACAGGCGACACCUUCCGGUGGCGAGGUGAAAACGUCAGUACCAGCGAAGUGGAGGCAGCAAUUUCCAGGGUUGCUAGCCAUAGAGAUGCAGUUGUUUAUGGUGUCCUGGUUCCUAAUACAGAGGGCAGAGCUGGUAUGUGCGGGAUAGUAGAUCACGAAGGAAGUCUAGAUUUAGAGCAACUAGCCCAUGACCUAGCUCGGGAUUUGCCUCCCUACGCCAGGCCUAUCUUUGUGAGAGUCAUGUCCAGUAUGGAUAUGACCGGAACAUUCAAAAUGAAGAAGACAGAUCUACAAAAGGAAGGUUUCGAUCCAAGUUUAACGAAAGGUGACAAAGUCUAUUAUCUGGAUAUGAAACAGAAUAAAUACAUACCUUUAGGACCUCAAGAGUAUGAAUCUAUAAACAAUGGAAAGAUUCGAUUGUGAUUGAAAAUUAAAUGCGUUUUUGGACAUGUAUCAAAUUGGUUAAAGUUAACUGUGAUCGGUUGAAGCUGGUUUUUAAACCACUUUUUGGGAAUAUUUUUCAUUUUGCAAACAAUUUCUUGCUUCUUAAUACUCAAUUCGCUUGUACCUUUAAAAAUUGUGAUAGAGUCCACAUUGCCGCGUAUAUGCCAUAGCUUGUAGUAUUCCUACAUUUGUUAUUAGUUGUUACGUGUUAAAAAAUCGAAUAAUAUGAAACUAAUAAUCUCUCUGUGAAAAAUAUUUAUAAUGUUAUCGAAUAUGUAUUUAAAUUAUGAACCUCAUCAUUGAUCUUAUGAAAACGAGCGUUGAAUAAUGCUACGACGUACACAUGUACGUAGGCCUGCGUAUACGUCUCCAAUUAUUUUGUCUUUAUCACUCUUGUGUGAAUGGGCAAAUAAAUAAACGGGACAAAACACAUUUGCCGAAUGCGUAUAUAAUAUUACCUAGAGCUGAGAAAUCCAUUAACAAUUGAAACCUGCUUACGGCAUUUUAAUCUUGCUUUUAUUUACCAUACAUUUUGUGUAGGUGAUACAAAUUUUGUAUAAAUUCUCAUAGUAAUUGUUAUGUAAUUUUAUCAAGUUAUUAUAGUGGAAGGGGUAAUGUUAGCUAAUAUGAGUGUUCAAUGUGCAUUAUAGGGUUUAUCCAUAUAUUUUAAAUUCAUACUAGGUCCUUCACGAAGGAAUAAAACGAAAUGGGAGUUUGACAAUCAUGUUUCAUACAUUUUGCGCGUUUCUAGGACAACAUUUUACCAUUGGCUCUCAUAAAUUUAUCUAUUUAAAAUAAAAAUUUACAUUCAGAAGUAUAAAUGUAUUUUGUUAUUUCUUUCUAUCAGUGCAGGCCUUUUUCGAGAUUCUGAAAUAUAUAUUAUAAUCUAGUUUAAUAAAGCUUAUGGGUGAACUUAGGUGCUAAUAUGAACAUACUAAAGCUUGCAUGGCUAUGGAGUCUUUAAACUAUCUUAUUGGGAAUUUUAUUUUUAUGAAAAUCGCAGACAUUCAAGACAACAGUUUAGAAACAGUAUUUUAAAUCAAAGGCUAUGUUAAAUUCUAUUUUGAUCUUUUUUUGGUUUCCAGUCUAUAAUUGUAAGACUGACGCAAUCAUUUAUUUAGGUAGUAAGGUUUAGGGUACUGUUAUACUAGUAUUAAAGUUUAUAUUUUUUAA